AUGUCCCAGUCAGAGCUUAUUCACUGUUCGGUGCUGAGCCGUCAGGUUUCCGAGCCGUUGCUAAUACGAAGUUCGUCUUCCACUAAAAGCUCACUUUGCGCUUGCGGUUCCGCUUUCCACAGUAAACUCCCAGUAGAGAUUAUCCCGUAUGACCUUUUCACGUGCAACGCGAACCGCCUGUAUUCUUGUAUCCGGUGUAUCUCCGAUUCUUUGCAAACCAAGUUACAUCCGGUGUAUUCGCUUGUCCCCGGGAUUCCCUUUACGGAGUCGUCAUCAACAAUGUCCACCGAAUACUGGUGGGAAACAUUGUUUGAACCACAUGGUUCGACUUCAUUUGUUCGCAUCUUGAAAGCCCUUAUAACUUGCGAAGAUGUGUUCAAGAAGUAUGGUUCCAUUGACCAGCGACCAUACUAUUUGGCGGAUUUCUGUUCCCCCUCCAGUUGCCGAAGUGAUUGUCCUUGCAACGGUCUGCAACUGCGUGCGGGUCUUGCAUCUCCUCUGGGCGUCGGGAAUUCACAUUUACCGCCUGUUUCUGCCUGGGCUCCAUGCUCCAGUUUGUUCGCAAUUCAGUUGGUCCUGUCUUGGGCUGAACUGACCAUGCAGGAGUCUGCGGAUACGACAAAUUUAUCUCCUGCGUCCUUCGGUGUACUGGAAAAUUGGGUCGACCUUUUGGUUUUGGGAAAGCUAGGCCCUCUUGCCACUAGCUCAGUACAGAUCGAACCGGAGGCACCUAGUUUCUUCGAAGAACAAUGUUGUCCGAUCAGCUCCGAGUCAAGUGAACACGAGGAGGAUGUGGUGCUUAGAGAGGUCCUCGUUAAACAUGACAACCAGGAUACAGUUGUUGAUCGUUUUACUGACAAACGCAAGGUUAUCACUAUUGUUGUUCGUUGUCCGCCUGAGGAAACGUCGUCAUCAAUAACCUCCUCCUCGUAUUGGCACAAAUUGUCUGCUGCAUGGGAACUCACAGUGCAGAAACGCAUAAGGGAACAACCGGCAACGUUUGUGUUGGAUCUGAAGCGAAAUGGCGAUUUUGACGAUUUCCAUGAAGUCGUUGCUCAAACGUUGAGAUCACGACCAGAUUUUUGUGUCUAUCGAUAA